CGAAACACGAGCUGUGACCAUCGCAACAACACCCUAAUACACAUCCCCAUCCCCAUCCGAACGAUAUCCCCAGAGAGCAAUCAUGGUCGGUCUCGGUGCAAAGAAGCCGCCGUCGCGAAAGGGUUCCAUGGCCGAUGUGCCACAGGACCUUCUCGCCCAGAUCAGCAGGCUCGAGGAGCUCUUCGUCGUCCCCACCGAGAAGCUCAAGGCCAUCUCCGACCACUUCGUCAAUGAGCUCUCCAAAGGUCUGACCACCGAGGGUGGCUCAAUUCCUAUGAACGCAACCUGGUGCAUGGGAAUGCCCGAUGGUAACGAGACCGGUACCUUCCUCGCCCUCGACAUGGGCGGCACCAACCUCCGUGUUUGCGAGAUCACCCUCCUCGAGGCCAAGGGCGAGUUCGACAUCAUCCAAUCGAAAUACAAGAUGCCGGAGGAGCUCAAGACCGGAACCGCCGACGAGCUCUGGGGCUACGUCGCCGACUGCCUGCAGCAAUUCAUCGAGUACCACCACCCCGACGAGAAGAUCGAGUCGCUGCCGCUCGGUUUCACCUUCUCCUACCCCGCGACCCAAGAAUACAUCGAUCACGGCAUCUUGCAGCGAUGGACAAAGGGAUUCGACAUUGACGGCGUGGAGGGCAAGGACGUCGUUCCUCCCUUCGAGGCCGCCCUCGCCGAGCGAGGCGUGCCCAUCAAGUUGACCGCCCUGGUCAACGACACCACCGGAACCAUGAUUGCCUCCGCAUACACCGACCCCGAGAUGAAGGCUGGCUGCAUCUUCGGCACCGGCUGCAACGCCGCCUACAUGGAGAACGUCGGCUCCAUCCCCAAGCUCGCACACAUGAACCUCGAUCCCGAUCUCCCCAUGGCCAUCAACUGCGAAUGGGGCGCCUUCGACAACGAGCACAAGAUCCUCCCCCGCACACCCUACGACAUCAUCAUCGACAAGGAGUCGCCCCGGCCCGACCAGCAGGCCUUUGAGAAGAUGAUCGCGGGUCUCUACCUCGGCGAGAUCUUCCGUCUCGUCGUGCUCGACCUCCACAAGACCGACUGCAAGAUGUUUGACGGCCAGGACAUCAGCAAGCUCAACAAGCCAUACUCGCUCGACGCCAGCUUCCUGUCCGCAAUCGAGGAGGACCCCUUCGAGAACCUGAGCGAGACGGCCGACCUGUUCCAGAACAAGCUCAGCAUCACGCCGAACAGGGCGGAGCUCGAGCUCGUCCGCCGCCUCGCCGAGCUGAUCGGCACCCGCGCCGCCCGCCUCUCCGCCUGCGGUGUCGCUGCCAUCGCGAAGAAGAAGGGCUGGACCAAGUGCCACGUCGGCGCCGACGGCUCCGUCUUCAACAAGUACCCUCACUUCAAGGUCCGUGGCGCCCAGGCCCUCAAGGAGAUCCUCGACUGGCCUGCCGACAAGGGCAAGGGCAAGGGAGACCCGAUUGAGGUUCUGCCCGCUGAGGACGGUUCCGGUGUCGGUGCUGCGCUCAUCGCUGCGUUGACGAUGAAGCGCGUCGCCGAGGGCCAGCACGCUGGUAUUCGGGAUCCCGAGGCCAUGUUGAAGGCUUUUGGAAAGAAGAAGUAAGGGGUUUUAACGAUUGUAUAGAAGAAGUUAUGAAAUGUUUUGACUAUUUGUGGCAUCUACAAUAGAUACAUCUAAAACAAAAUGAAAUCAGAUAUGAAACGAUGCAAG